AUGAAUUUUAAAAUCGUUUUUUACCUUUCUAAAACACCUUAUGGGAGUCAUUUUGCUGUGGCAAGAUCUGAAGCCGAUAGAGACCUGCCUCACAGGAGACUUAGUAUCCACGGUGCCCAUCAUCGUUGUCAUUCUUGGUCCACUAAAAUAAAAUUUUGUUUGUUUGCUAAAUAUGAUACGUUCGAUUACCUGGAAGGUGGAAUGACAUGUUGA